AUGGCAACUCUCCGACUUGUCGAGGCCUCGAAGAAUGCCCCGUCCCAGGGCUACGUGGAAGAGCCGGCGACGAGCAGCACCGGUAGUCGGAAGAUUUGGCAGCGGCCGAGUGAAGGAGUGCAGACAAGGCAAGACAUCCUCGAGCUGCUGGACGAAACCAUCCGCGUGCAAGGCAUUGUGCAGACUGAAAUCAGUCAGCUGGCCCGAACAAUAGCAGCGGAGGCGAAGGAGAGGCAGGAGAAGCAGGAAGCAAAGGAGGGCAAGAAGAAGAAGAAAAAGACGCUCUCAAUCCCCGAGGCAUUCCGCAGAGUCAAGGAACUGCAGCUGCCGAUAGAUCCGUUGGAGGAGCUCAACCUGACCGAGCAGGCCUUCCAGAAGCUCCUGACCCAGUACGAGGAGGACCAAGAGGUCUCGGCCAAGGCCCAGCUGCUUCUGCACCCGGAGCCCAAGGGCGACCUCGCCAAAGCCCGGAGUAUAAGCAUCGAGAAGAUCGUCGAAAUUCACCAGUUCAUGGUGGUGGAAAUGCAGAAGGUUUUGACGGAGUUCCUUGCCUUGGAUCAGGAGACGCGUCGAAGCUUCAGCAACAAGGCGUGCGAGACCACGGCAGAGCUCCUCGUCUCUGUGGCCGUGGAGCAGCAGCUGGGCGUUCACUGCGAGGAUGUGGAGCAGGCGGUGAUGCAGCACGAGGAGGUGCUGGCAAACCACCCGGAGUUUGCCCGCUGCACGGAACAGCUUGCGAACAUGAUGCAGCACCUCACGGGCGCAGCCCAGCCGCGAGCGAACAAGGCGGACUUUUUGGAGGUCCUGCGGAACAUGGCGGACCACUCCCAGAAGGCCAAGGACUUUGCCAAGAAAGUCUACGAGGAGUACCGGGCCAAGACCUGUCCCGUCAGCGACGCCUACCGCCGAUUCGAGGACUUUGCCGCCGAAGCGCCACCGGCCAAAGAGGGCCUCGAGGACCUGACUCCGGUGGAGCUCCAGCUCUGCUACGAUGAGUACAGGGAAGACCCGGAGGUGCGCAGUGCUUGGUCCAAAGCCGGCGUGGAGAACAGCCUCCUCAUGGCCAGCUGUGUCACCUCCUUGCUCAAGAACGACGCCACCACGCCUCUUCCGGAGGACAAGAAGGGGAAGAAGAUGAAGCCAUCGGAGAUUGUGGAGAUGCAGGAGCUGAUGGUGGACGAGAUGAAGCGCCUCUCGGAGGCCUCGAGCGCGGCCGCCAAGGCGUCCGCUUCGCCUUGGCGUGCGGAGACCGCCAUGCAGAUGGUGCAGUCCCUGGCAAGUGCGGCAGUGGAAAGAAGGUAUGGGGUGUCGCCGGAAGAGAUGACUAUCGCCGGCAUCCAGAAUGCUCCCGCGCUUCAGAAGAACGAACGCUUCGUCCGUGCCACUGAGAAGCAGCAUGAGAUCAUCCUGGCGGUUGCGCAGUUUUGUGCACAGUGA